AUGUCUUCUCAACACCCCGGCCGUCAAUCCCCGGAACCAGACACUCUGACUGGUGCCCAACAGCACGACGUCCCAGGCAGCGGCAAGAUCAGCUCCACGAUGGGCAACGCACAACCAUCACCAAAAUUUGCCCAGGACAGGUCCGAGGAGACUAAGCAGCACAGUUUGGAGAGUAACCCCGAAAAUCCGCUGGAGAAGAUUGAGGCGGCAAAAUAUGCGAAAUAA